AAUGCUUUAUUUUGUCCAUUAAUUAAUUUAACGCACCCUUAAAUAAAGCCACCAUCAGUCGAUACUUGAGAAAAUAGUAGCAGCAGCUUGAAACCUUUGUGCCGCCUCACCGUCACUCCAAUCCAAUGGCGAAAAACAGGAACAAAAACAAGAAGAACAAAAACGGUACCGUUUCGAUGGACAUAACCGACACCAUCGUUUCCGAAGCACCUCAAGCAAUGGAUACAUCAGAAUCAGGAGCUAAAAUCAAGGUUGCUGGUGGUGCUACCAUUUUGAAGGUAAAGCAGAAUGGGAGGCCUAUGAAGAGAUCAAAAAAUGUUCGAAAGAUGAAGAAAAUAGCAAAAGCUAUAUCCGCAAACGAGAAGUCUGCCGCGAGAGUUUCCAAGUCUGAAAACAAAAAAAGUAGAGUUCAAUCUGCAAAAACACUCUACGAAUAAAUAACUUGCUGGAUGGCUCAUAUCAUCACUCAUUAAAUUUUGAUACUUUAUUGCAAGCACUGAAUAUAAGCCUCUUUGUAAUUUAGUUUAGAUGAAUUCAGUUAUUUGUUUAGGCCAAGUGUUAUUUAAGAUUGAAGCUCCUUAUUUUUGUUGCAUCUCUAUCAUUAUGGUAGUGUUUUGAAGUUUGUUCAUUAUUUUCUCAUAGAAAAUGAAAAAUCAUUGCUCUGUUUUGGUUA